CUAAAGUUUUGGGGGGGUUGCAACUAGUCAUAAAUGAGAGUAAACACGUUUCUGAACGCGGUAAAUUCAUUUUCAGCGCUUGAAGCUCGCGAUAGCACUCAAAAACUACAAGCUAACCUCCUUUAGUUUGGAAGUUGCUAUGGUAACCGCGUUGCUAUGCAUAGCGGGGUUACCUAAGACUAUGUGCCUGGGUUAAUUCAUGUCAGUUAAGGACGAUUAAAAGUAAUAGUAAGUGUAAAGCGGAAUAAAUUGUAACGCCCCAAAGUAACAUAAACUCAAAUGGAUCGUUUAGUGGAUAAUCUCAUAGAAGAUGAAUCUGACAGCGAAAGACUUCUCGCUAAACCCACUUGCUUCGUUAUUGUUGGAAGACCGGGUGUUGGUAAAUCCACCUUGGCCAAAAAAAUUGCAGAGUCCUGGAAGUGUAUCCUGAUUGAUGAUACUGAUCUGCUGAACUCACACAUAAAAAACAAAACAAAGGAAGGGAUAGAGCUCUUGGAUAUCUUAUCUGAGGGGAGAAGUAUUCCAGAAGAUGUGGUGCUGCAGCUGAUCCUUGCAAGGCUUAACUCACCUGAUGUGGAGCACUACGGCUACGUACUGAGCUGUCUGCCAUACAUGUCAGAAGACUGUCUGAAGACGCGUGAGCAGAUGGACCUGAUCAAAACCCUCAAGCUAACACCCGAUUUCAUCAUUAAUAUUAAGUGUGCAGACAAGGAUCUGGUCCGGAGGCUGUCUGGUCUGAAGCAGCACCCAGAGACAUGCCAGUCAUACAGCAAGGAUCAGUUGAAGCUUGAAGACGUGUACAGCAAGAAAAAAGAGAUAAAGGAAGAGGAUGUGGAGGAGGAGGACGACGAGGAAGAGGAGGCGCAGGCUGAGGAGGAGGAGCUCUCUCGAGAUACUAUCAACCAGAUGGUGUGGAUGCCAGAGAAUUUAGCGGAAAAUGCAUUUCUUAGAAUCAACAUGUACAAUGAUACCAUGGUCAGACCACUAGAGGAUUACAUGGCAGAACACAACCCCCUCUACCUGCUGGAGCUGGAUGGAAACAAUACACCUGAAGAGCUGCACUUGUCUGUAAUGUCCCGUCUUGGAACUUUGGCUAUAAACCGCGUUGCUAUUCCAGUCCUCCUCCAUCAAACUGAUGAAGAAUUGCCAGAGGACGUAGACACGGAGGAACUUCUGAGAACGAUGUCCGCCUCCAAGACUGUGGUUCCUGGAUUCAGGUGGAGAAGGAGCCGUUGGGGCCAAACUUGUCCUGUUGCUCUGAAGGAGGGAGAUGUAAUUCCUGGCAAGCCUGAAUUUUCCGUGGGCUUCCAGGAUAAACUCUACAUCCUUUCAUCUCAGGAGGCCUGCCAGAAGUUUGUAACAAAUCCCCGGCGGUACCUGCUUCCUCCGAUGCCCAGGUCGCCCUGCAGAGUUUCCGUCGUCGGGCCCCCUCAGGCAGGGAAGAGCACCGCAUGUAAGCUUCUAGCUCAGCACUACAAUGCAGUUGUGCUUGACGUGCAGGAACUGUUGCAGCCACUUCUGGCCAAGGUUGAACAGGAGAGGCUGGACAAAAUCAAAGAGGAGACGACACAGGCAGCUAUAGAGAAGAUCAAGUCAAAGAUGGAGCAAGAUGGUGGACAAAAUCCAGUGACAGAGGAUCAUCCGGAGGUACAAGCCAUGGUGCUCAGUGCAGUGGAAGAAGCGAAAAAACUGAGUACAUCUCCAGUUGGCCUGUAUGCUGAGGUGCUAGAGAAGCGAAUUAAAGAGAUUGAAGAGCUGGACUCAGAUGCUGAGGGCAGGACUGGUUGGGUCCUUGACAAUUUUCCCAAGAACCUUUCCCAGAUGGAUGCCCUGCAGCAGGCUGGAAUCCUUCCAGAGAUCAUUUUCUACCUCAAAGACAGUGAUGGACAUCAGGUUCUGAAGAGAGCCUACGAGACGAAUAAGGAAAGCGUGGACGAGGCCAUGAUGAAGAGGUUACAGGAUGAGAAGCAAGUCUUAAACCAAAAGGAGCAGGAAUCGGAGGUGGAAUCAAAUCUAGAGACAGUUGUCGAGGAGACUGAUGACGAACAGGAAAAAUCUGACGCCACCCGGUCUGCAAAACCUGACCAAGUCCAAAAAGAGGCCGUGGUACUACAGGGUCAGCGGGAGUUGGGUUAUCCAGACGGUCCAGAAAUGAACGAGUAUAAACUGCAACUGCAACAGUUUGUAGGUGAAUGGGAGAAAAUGCAGCCUGCUUUAACAUUCACUCACUGUGUGCUGGAGAUUGGCAGAGAAACCCCAGAGAACCUACUUCAAGAGAUGGUUCGACGAAUGGAAGAACCCUAUCAGUAUGUGUCCUGGGAGUUGUCGGCAGUGGACCAGGACGAGGAGGCAGAAGAUAUCGAGGCCUUAGCUGAGCUGGAGAAAGGAGAGGAGGAUGAAAGUGACAAUGACGGAGCAGAGGAGGAGGAUGAAGGGGACACGACAGCUAAGAGAUCAUUAGGCGACACCCGUCAUUUCUGCCCUGUUGCAUUAAAAACCCACAACGUGCUGGUUCCCUGUACAGAUGAAAUAGCAGCCAAGUACCGUGAAAAGACCUUUUACUUCUCCAGCCCAGAGGCCAGAGAUUCCUUCCUCCAAAAUCCUACACAAUUUGUGGCACAAACUGAGCCUCUUAAGCCACCUGCCCUACGGAUCCUGUUGCUUGGCACCAGAGGGUCAGGCAAGACGACUCAGGGAGAAUGGCUUGCACGGCAACUUGGGCUCUUCCAUAUUCAGUUCAGGGAGGUGCUCCAAAUGCUCAUCAUGGCCAAGACAAAGAAGCGUGUACCUUAUGCCGAUGAGGCGGUGUCCUUAGAGGAUGCUUCUGAAGACUUGGAGGCCCUGAUAAUGGAAGCCAAGGGACUGGACAAGCAGGAAACAGAGGAUAACUCUGAAAACAUAAAUAGCAUCGAGGAAGAUGAACUGACAGAUGAAGAAAUGGCCAUCCAGGCCUACCUGUCCACUGGGGACCCACUCAAUCCACAGAUCCUGGAUAUGGUUAUUGCUCCAUUCUGGAAAGAUGAGCCAUACAUGUCUACGGGUUUUAUUUUGGAGGGCUUUCCUAAUGAUUCUGAUGAGGUGCAGUACAUGGUGGAGCAACAGCUUUUCCCUGAUGUUGUGGUAGUCAUGGAAGUGGAGGUCACGGAUGUUCAGACGCGUCUGUUGCACAAGUACAUGGAAAACUGGUGGGAGCGUCGCAACAAACACGAAGCGCAGAUGAAUCUCCUUCGUGAUCUGCGUAAGAAAAACCGGGAAGAGAAUAUCCUCAAGAGAAGGGCUGAACUAAUGGCAGAGCAUGGCUCUAAUGCAGACCAAACAGGCCUCACACAUGAAGAGGGAGAAGAAGCUGAGGAAGAGGAAGAAACUGCAACAAACAUAGAGGACGAGAUAGAGGCCAUGCUGGAGGAGGAGUUUCCUUUAGAAGAGGAUCAUGAAGACAUGGAGAAUGAGGAGAAUGAUGAGGCAGCUGCUGAGAGGCUGGAGGUGGAGAUAGAAGAGCGUUUUGUGACAGAUGAAAACAACCUUGCCGCUGUGAUGGAUCUCUUGAGUGAACAUAACAUACCCAAACUGACAAUCAAUGCGUCUCGCAAGCUUCCGAUUGUUCAGUACCAGUUGCUCCACAAAAUCCAGUCCUUGCUGACCAACAGGGAGUCACUCUUUCAGAAGUGCCAGCCCAUCUCAUACAGCUUGGCACAUAACCUCCUGAUCUCAUCUUACAAGCGACACAGUGCCUUUGGCUGCUGCGACCCCGUCAAACAAUACAAAGAAAGAGACCUAAUCCAGCCUCUGCAGUGGCCUCUCAAUACCACAUAUCCCCUUCUCUUCAAUCAAUAUAUCUACUUCUUUGCAUCCAAGGAGAACCGCAAAAUAUUUAUGCACAACCCCUUAAAGUACCUUAGGCAACCUAAGCCCAUUCCGUCACUUCCUGUUAAGAUGGCAGUCACAGGACCUCCUAAAUCUGGAAAAACCACCGUCGCACAGAUGUUUGCUAAGAAAUAUGGCGUGGCUCAGAUGUCCAUUGGUAAAGCUAUGCGUAUGGUGCUCAACACCCAGGAGCACACUGAUCUGGCAGCACAGAUGAAAAAGUAUCUCCUCCAGGGUGUUGUCGUGCCUGAUGAACUGGCCAUUCAGUGUCUAGAGGUGGCGCUCAUGAGCUCGGUCUGCAGCACUCGAGGGUAUGUGCUGGAUGGGUUUCCCAUGACCCUUAAGCAGGCCGAACUGAUGGCGUCUUGCGGCAUCAUCCCCAUGAUAGUAGCCGAGCUUCAGCUGGACACAGUGGAAGUGCUGAAGAGAGGUCUUGUAGACAAGAUGAAGCCCAACAAGCCUCAUCUGGUGCACGACAGCUCUGAGAUUCUCCAUGUUUGUAAUUCUAAUUACAUGAAGGAAGUGGAGCAUGUAAGGCGUCACUUCCAGCAGCAGUAUCAGAACUGGGUUGUCCUUGAUGGCAUGAAGAGCAAAUGGUGGAUUUGGAACAACAUUAUAAAGGAAGUUAGCAUCAGCAUGAAAUAUAUCCACUCUUACCUGGAGAGGAUGCAGAGCGGGCAAGCAGCCUGCAUCAAUAGGCUGUGCAUCACACCCAAAGAGCUGGACAAUCAGCUCGGAGAGUUUUACCAGUACUGCCCUGUCUGCCUGGCUCUGCAUCACCACCUGGUGGACUGUUCAGAAGUUGUGUCUUUGACCAAUGCAGCCGAGUACAAGGGAUUCUAUUACAAGAUGUGUGGCGAAAACCAUCUAGAGAAAUUUCUGUCAACGCCUGACCAAUUUGUGAAACCAGGCUGCCCGCACUCGCUCCCACAACCCCACCUGCUGCCGAGAAAGCUGACUGAGAGUCAGGUGAAGAACAGGUUCCCACAGCAGGUUGCGAUGAAGGGCUUCUGUCCUGUUACUUACCUGGACGGAAAGCAGAGAUAUGAAGCCCUGGUUCAAGGAAAGAUGGAAUAUGCUGUGGAAUACAGAGAACGUAUCUACAUUUUUGAGACAAAGCAGAUGCAGGACAAGUUUUUGAGGAUUCCUGAGACGUACUGGGACCAGAAGCUACCUACUAAAGUUCCUCCUCUUUGUGAGCCCGUGCCCCUCACCUCCCUACCAACGCUGGGCUACCUGGAACAGGGAGUGGCAAUACCGGUAAUCAAGGCAAUGACAGCCGCUGGGUGCCUCAAACCAAAGUAUCCCUUUCUCAGUAUACAGAGAUCAGCACUCCUCUAUGUAGCCUUCUAUUUGAAAGCUUUCAACCACAAGAGCACGGACUACGCUCGCAGGAAAUACAAAAAGAAGUUGGCCUUGUUUGAAGAGAACUGUGCCCUCAUACCUUACCUCAGCACAGCAAUGAGAGGGAACUACAGGCCUCCCAGUGAACGUCCUAUUGAUUUUGAGUUCAAACUGAACAGGUUCUUGGCCUUGGGAGACUUGCCAGGGGUUGAUGGUGUGCUGUAACCAUGCCUGUUUCGCUCUUUUACCUACAAGCUAUAACAGUAUAUGUAAUAAAUAUCCAUAAUAAAGGGCAAUUCACCAUCA